GCCCAGGAGCAAGAACCUGGACAACAAACAUGCUGUGAACUGACUGUCUGGAUAAAGUUUUCUCGUGAGGAGCUUAAAUAACAACAGCUUCAAUGAUGAAGACACCAUCAGUGCUGAUCUCUGCAGCGGUGUUGGCGCUGCUGCUCAGCCCGCUGAGGAGCGCAGAUGCUGUCACCUUUCAAGGCGCAUUCCCGCACCCAAACAAAUACAACCCAAACGAAUCGGAUAGAUGCCAACAACCAGCAAUCAGUGGACUAAUUUCCCGUGGGCCGGGUUCUGUAACCUCAACCGACGAGGUGCUGGAGUCCAGUCAGGAGGCGCUGCACGUCACGGAGCGCCGGUACCUGCGGCUUGACUGGUGCAAGACGCAGCCGCUCAAGCAGACCAUGCAGGAGGAGGGCUGCCUGAGUCGCACCAUCAUCAACCGGUUUUGCUACGGACAGUGCAACUCCUUCUACAUCCCGAGGCAUAAUUACCAGGACGGAGACGCCUUUCAGUCCUGCUCUGCGUGCAAACCCAAAACCUUCAGCACCGUCACUUACACCCUCUUCUGCCCGGGUCAGAUACCCAGCACCAGGAAGAGACGGAUCCAGCGCGUAAAGCAGUGCCGUUGCACAACAAUCGAUACGGAUUAGACGCAAACUGACGCAUCCAGGUUGAUAAUAUCCGCUUCCAUUGGAGGGAAAGUGCAGUUUUGCAAAAAUAUAAACCGGAAAGUGUAUUUUGCUUAAAGGGCACUUGAGAAUAAAGUGGGAAUAGGAAGGUGAGGAAUUUACCUGAGCCCUUUUUUAAAAUCAUUAUAAUGGGGAGAAAAUGUUGAAAGGAAAUAUACAUACGUGGUUGAUUAAGGUGUAAUUUUCUCUCUAAAAUACAUGAAACUAUAUGAGCUGCAAUUAAUAAUCCAUCACAUUGUCCAGAUAUCUUGUUAAUUAUCAGUCAUUGCUUCCACAAAGUUUUUCUUUUGUGUGUUUGAGAUUUGGAGGAUUUGUUGUCAGAAGGUUUAAGAUGCAGUGUUGCCAAAGUGAACUGAGGCGGCUGUAUAUGUUGGAGACAUCCAGGCUAUGGAUCAUCACAAUAUAAGUAUAAGGACACAUCUUCAAAGGACUCGGUGGUUGUAUUGUUUCCACUGUGUGGGAUGAUGAUUUUUAUUUUUAUUUUUUACAACCUGCACUGCUAAAUGCCACUUCAUUUCAUGACUGUGUAUAAUAUGUAUAUCCUGUAUUGUAAAGUUGCUUGUGAAUAAAACAAGCUGUGAAAUCA